GGCUGGGGGUGUGGGGCAGGGACUCGGUUAUUCCAGAAACCAGUUCCAUGUUGGGGUUUCUGUAAAGACCAGCCCCCCCCCACAUGCCAUGAUGCGUUGCCCCGAGGGAGGGGCCCUAAACUCAUUGCCCCCCACCGGCGGGUGCAGGUUCGCCCCAGGCAGGGCGGCAGAUGCCGUGAACCCCGCCACCAUGGCGGAGGAGAAGCCGCCGCAGCUCGUGGACUAUUUUGUGGUGGCCGGCUUGACCGACUCCUCCAAGGCCUUGGAAGAGGAGAGCCAGCAGCCCCGGCCGGCCCGGCCCAGCGAGCCCAUCACCGACGUGGCCGUGGUCAUCCGCUCGCAGGGCGAGGACGUGCCCCAGGGUUUCACCUGCAUCGAGAACAGCACGUCCGGCCACCCUGUGGACCUGAAUGCCAGCCUCCUCAACAGCCCCCAGAUGUACCUCUGCUACAAGCGGGGCCGCGGCAAGCCGCCCCUCAUCGAGCUGGGGGUGCACUGUGAGGGGAAGGACCGCCUGAAGCCAGGCUACGAGAUCAUCCGCACGACGCCCUACAGCCGCUCUGCCAAUCUCAGCUCGGGCGCUGCCAGCCACCAGCGCACCUUCCUCACCUACCGCCGGGCCACUGAGUCCCAGGGCCACAACACCCUGGGCAUCACCGACAUCUGCCUGAUCGUGCCCAGCAAGGGGGAGAACACGCCUCACACCUUCUGUCGGGUGGACAGGAACCUCAAUGCUGGCAUGUGGGGCCCAGCCGUCUUCCUGUGCUACAAGAUGGCCAUGUCCAAAGCCAACACCCUGGUCUACGAAGCAGGUCUCUUGAGCCGCUACCCUGAGCAGGACAGUGAGUCAUUCCCACUGCCCAACUCGGUGCCCGUCUUCUGCCUGCCCAUGGCCACCAUCGAGAGCUGGCCCGUCAACACCAAGUAACAGCUGCCCGUCUUCUCCACCUUUGUGCUGACAGGGGCUUCGGGGGACAAGGUGUACGGCGCUGCCAUCCAGUUCCACGAGGCCUACCCGCGGGAGCGGCUGUCGGAGAAGCAGAGCCUGCGGCUGGGCCUGCUCAGCGUGGUCGACCGGCGCCCCAUCGCCAGCAAGUCGGUGCAGACUCGCCGCAGCAUCUGCGUCCUGUCGCACUGGCCCCUCUUCGACGUCUUCCGCAAUUUCCUCAUGUUCCUCUAUCGCUACUCCAUCUCGGGUCCCCACGUGCUGCCCCUGGAGACGCACAUCUCCCACUUCAUGCACAACGUCCCCUUCCCGUCUCCGCAGCGACCGCGCAUCCUAGUGCAGGUGAGUCCCUAUGAUAACCUGCUUCUGUGCCCUGUGUCCUCCCCACUGCCACUCAGCGGAGCCAGCUUCCUGACCCUGCUGCAGAACCUGGGCCCCGAGAACGCCGUCACGCUGCUGCUGGCCGUGCUGACCGAGCAGAAGCUGCUGAUCCACUCGCUGCGGCCCGACGUGCUGACCAGCGUGAGCGAGGCGCUCGUCUCCAUGAUCUUCCCGCUGCGCUGGCAGUGCCCCUACAUCCCGCUGUGCCCGCUGACGCUGGCAGAUGUGCUGCGCCCCGUGCCCUUCAUCGUCGGCAUCCACUCCAGCUACUUCGACCUGCAUGACCCGCCCGCGACGUCACUGUGUCGACCCAUCGACACCAACACCAUCUUCCGUGGAGAGUGAGGAGAGGAAGCUGCUGUCGCCCCGCUCACACUGCCCCGCCGGCCCUGCAAGGUGCUGCUGGCUGCGCUGCAUGCCCACUUCCAGCAGCUGGAUGAGAUGUACAACAAGCCGGUGGAGGAGGCGUCGCUGGAGUUCCUGCUCACUGACUACGACCUGGUGUACGGGCGGCGCAAGCAGCUGGAGCUGGAGAUCCAGGCCUCCUUCCUGCGCUUCAUGGCCUGUGUGCUGAAGGGAUACCGCUCUUUCCUGCUGCCCAUCACCCGGGCGCCCUGCGACACCACCCACGACUCCAGCAGCCUCUUCUUCCUGCAGGGUUUCCUCAUCCGGGACCGCGCCUACCACAAGUUCUACGGGCAGCUGCUGCGCACGCAGCUCUUCAUGCAAUUCAUCCAGGAGUGCUCCUUCGUCAGCGACCGGCACGCCUGUCUGGAGUUCUUCGACACCUGCGUGGAGAAGGUGCAGGUGGAUCUGGAGAAGGCCGAGGACACGCCCCUGAUGGAGCGGGACGACUCACAUGGCAGCGAGCACACGGUCUUCAUCAUGCCCCAAGAGCCCCUGGGCCCUGAUGGUGCCGAACUGCCCGCGCUCUACUGCUAUGACAGCUUCCCCGUGCUGCGGUCCGAGCUCUUCGAGCGCCCCCAGGACCAGCUGGCGGCUCCUGUGCCAGCCCAGAGCAGCGCCCCCAGCAGCCCCGCACCACGCAGGACCAAGCAGGAGAUGAAGGUGGCGCAGCGGGUGGCACAGAAGUACUCGUCCAUGCCUGACAUGUGGGCACGGUGCCUACUGGGGCACUGCUACGUGUGGUUCAUCUACCUGCCCACCUACGUGCGGGCUGCCCCCUCCAAGGUGCGGGCGCUGCAGACGGCCUAUGAAGUGCUGAAGCAGAUGGAGAGCAGGAAGGUGGUGCUGCCAGAUGAGGUCUGCUACCGCAGUCUCAUGCAGCUGUGCGGGCAGUACGGUGAGCCGGUGCUCUCCGUCCGCGUCCUGCUCGAGAUGAAACGGGCUGGCAUCGUGCCCAACACCGUCACCUACGGCUACUAUACAAAGGCCGUGCUGGAGAGCAAGUGGCCCUCGGGCACCCAGGGCGGGCGGCUGCGCUGGGCCAAGCUGCGCAACGUGGUGUUGGGCACCGCCCAGUUCCGGCAGCCUCUGCGGCAGCGGCAGCUGGAGAGCGAGACCCACGGCAGCAUCCUGCCAAAGAACCAGGGCCCCCAGCCCCGCCCCAGCCUUCAACGCCAGACCACGUGGGCCGGUCGCAGCCUGCGUGAGUCCUCGCCCGGCCGCCAGCUGGCGAAGAGCAGCAGUGGCACCUUCCCCCCGCAGCGAACGUCCGCGGUGGAGACCGGCAUGGCCCAGAUGAUCAAGGCCCUGGGGGUGCUGGAGCCCGGCAGCGACUCGUUGGUCGCCCUCCCUCCCGGGCUGCGUCAGCUCCUGGACGGGCCCGGGCAGCUCGAGGACGGGAGCCUGUCUGAUCUCAGCUUCCAGACGGACGAGAGCGACCGGCCGGCCCUGGACAGCGCUGAGGUGCAGCUGAGCCUGGGGCCGGGCGCCCGGGGCUCCAAGCCAGGCCGGCGCGACGAGAACCACAACAGCCUGGGGGGGACGCCGCGCCGGGGGCUGGCCGCCAAGCUGCAGCAGCUGCUAUCCCCAGCCAAGCGCCCCUCCCUGCGCCACACCGCCAGCGUGGAGCAGCCCAGCACCCGGUGGGACGCCGGCUCCCUGCGCCGGGCCUCGGAGCAGACAGAGCCCCCACCACGCAAGAGCCCCGUGGAGAGCCUGCUGCACCCCCACGAGCGCCCCAACUCCACCGCCUCAGAGGUAGGGGCUGGACCUCCCAUCUCCCUGGGCAGUGAGUUUGACCUGUCAGACACGUCGCUUGGCAGCUUUAGCCUGCACAAGUCGUCGGACCUGCUGCCCGAGGCCUUGGCCGAGCUGGAGCUGCCCCCUGUGGAGAUCCGGCUCUCCAGCUGCUCGCGGUGCCAGGCGUGCGGCUCCCGGCACGACGAGGAGGUGAUGGCGGGUUGGACGCCCGACGACUCCAACCUCAAUACCAGCUGCCCCUUCCGCGCCCGCCCCUUCGUGCCCUUGCUCAGCAUCGAGAUCCAGGACUUCCAGCAGCCCCCCAGCCCCUCGGAGUCUCCCCAGAGCCGCUGGGAGCAGCCGCCAUCUGGCCGAGGCCCGGUGCGUCACGACCGGCAUCCCAGUGGCCUGGCUCUGGACGAGGCUGAGCCGCAGCCAGGGGACCCCCCGUCGCUCUGCAACGGCUGCACGGACCCCUCCGAGGGGGCGCGGGCAGAGCUGGGCGGGGGGGCCGUGGCCCGGCACAGCUGGGCGGGGGCAGCCUGGUCAGUGGGUCCUGAAUGUAGCCCGUCUCCCCGCAUGGGCCCAGGGGCCCUGCCCACGCUCGGAGCUCGUGACCUCGCCUACCUGAGCCCCCUGGUGCUGCGCAAGGAGCUGGAGAGCCUGCUGGAGAACGAGGGCAGCGAGUUCCUGGCCCGGCCGGAGCUGGUGGACAGCCAUCUAAUAUACUGGAACCUGGUCUGGUAUUUCCGGCGCCUCGCCUGCCAGCAACCUGCUGCAGCUGGUGCUGGUCCUCCCAGCACGUCAGGCCCCACGCCCCAGCUCCAGCCCCUGGAGGCCCCCCUGGUGUCUGUGCACCUGCUGUGGGAUGUCCUGACCCCAGACCCCAACAGCUGCCCCCCCCUCUAUGCGCUUUGGAGGAUCCACAGGAACAGUGCUGCCCGGCUGCAGUCCUGGCGCCAUCCCAGCAGCCCCUUCUCGCUGGCGUUCCUGGAGGCCGUGCUGAGCCAUGUGGGGCUGGGCGAGAUGCACAAGGCCAUCGCCCUCUUCCUGCAGACCCUGGCCGAGGAGCCCAGCCCCCCGCCCCUGCAGAGGAGCGUUUACCGGGAGAUCCUCUUCCUCAUGCUGGCUGCACUGGGCAGGGACCACGUCAACAUAGCCGCCUUCGACAAGAAGUACAAAGCCGCCUACGCCAAGGUGGCCAGCAGCCUGGGCAAGGAGGAGCUGACACGGCGGCGGGCACAGCCACCCAGCUCCAAGGCCAUCGACUGCCGCCGCUUCGGCGCCACCCUGAGUGCUAGUGCCAGGCUGCCAAGGGGCCCAGGACCCCUCCCCCCAGGAAGGAUUUCGGGGACUGAACUGGGUCUCGGUGGGGGCACGAGCAGCUCCACGGCAGGCGGGGGGGCAGGGCAUAGCUGAUACCAAACCAUGUGCCACCCCCGACUCCCCUGGGGUUCUUCUGGGAGCCGGGGGGCAGCACUUGGUGCGCCUCUGAGGCCAAGGCAGAUUCAGGGGGGACCUGGAGAGCCUCCUGCCUGCCCCCAGCACUUCAGCCAGUCCUGCCCCUGGUGGCUGUAAUUCUAACGCCCCCCCCCCCCCCGCGGGCUGGAGGAGAAGCAGGGGCAAGCUGCUGCCCAGCCAUAGGGCAAAGAAGUGAGGGGCUGGUCGGUAGCAGGCCUGAGAUCCUGCGCUGGCAUAGCCCAGCCCCUUCCUGUGCUGACUGGGGCCUUCGAUGGCCCUGCUGCCGGCAGCUCUCAGCGGCUGCCCGUGCUGGAGGGAUGGGAGGGGCCCCAGGAGCACGGGUAUGUCUGGGGCGUCGGCGCUGCUCGGGCCCGGCGGGGUGGCUCUCCCCAGACCCCGGGCUGUUUGGAGCCGGCCAGAUGCUGGUAGUGAAACCGCCCCGCGGAUGGGCGAGCAUCCGUCCAGCCGACGGCUCCUGCAUCCCCAGAGCUCUCUCUGUUUUUGGACACUGUCCUGGGGGGUCCUCCGGGGCAGUUGGUGGUUUUUUUUUUUUAACGUCAGUGUUAAUAUAUUUUGUAAUUUAUUUAUUCUCCCCAUGGCCGCCGUCAGCUUGUGCUGUAACCGCUGUGCUGGUGAGCGGGGUGCCAUGCACGCCAGGCCCCACGGCCCCUUCGCGUGCCCCCUGCUGGACACCUGGGCUGCCAUGGGGCUGGGUCACUGUGCACGUCCCCAUCUCACUCACUCCUACCCGGGAAGCUCUUUCUCUGCCCCCUGUGGCUGGGAAGGGGGCAGUAGGCACUGAGGGGGGAGGGGACACUGGGGGCUCCCCAUGCGCUGUGCCUGCGCCCCCCUAGCUCUGGAGUUCGUACUGUGCAAUAGGCGACACCCCUCCCCGACCCUUUGUUUCAUUUUGGGUUUUUGUUGGGUCUGUAAAUAAAAACCGCUUCAAGUAUU